CCAAGACACAAUCCCGCCCCUGAAUGGACACCCAAAUUAGCCAUCCCUUCUUGAGCCAUUUUCCCCUGGUCACGCAAAUUAGGUGUCUGUGCCCUCUGGGCCAUCUUUAAGGGGCUCAUCCCUCCUUUUUACCCGCGGUUUGAAGUGGGAAGCUUAGGUCAUCACUUCCCUAAUUGGCGUUAGAGAGCCGUCACAUGAAAUAACAUCGGUGACUCGUUGUCAUGGACCAAGAAAAAUAACUCGGCAUAGUUGCAUGAUAUUUUUUUUCUCUGAAUUGGAGGAUCUUUAAUUAGUCCACAAAGAUGAUGUCCUCAACGGGUCGAAAGCAGGCUGAUUACCAGACUGCGUGUCAUUGAUGCCAGCUCCAGACGAACAGCGAGCACCGUACCGAGCGAAGUGAGCUAUGACACGGAGGAAUACCGACAUGUCUGGACGGGACUUUUGCUUCUUUUUGACCGUCGCGCUUGUUGCCUUCAUCCACUGCACUCCGAACGCUCACGGGCUCAAGUGGAUAGCUCUGACGAAGGAAAACCGGCACACGGUAUGGGCCAACGCUUCGGCCUGCAAAUCCUCCCAGCUGCUAGUCUCGCCGCAGAAGUCACUCUGCAAGAGAAACCUCGACGUCAUGCCGGCUGUGGUGGAGUCUACCACCGUGACCUUUGAUACGUGCCAGGAUCAAUUCCAAGAUCGAAGAUGGAACUGUAGCAGCAUCAAGUCGGCACCAAACUUUUCUCCUGAUCUCGACAAAGGUACCAGGGAAGCGGCUUUCGUGCAGGCUUUGUCAGCGGCCAGCUUGGCACAAACCUUGGCCAUAGAAUGCAGCUCCGGGAUGCUCUCCCAAUGUGGAUGUGGUCGAUUGCCGCUGGAAGACGGCGGCAAAGCGCCCUCUAACGAGGCCAGGGAGGCAUUCCGUUGGGGAGGCUGCAGCGACGAUGUGGAUUAUGGGCUUGAAUUCACCACUCGGUUCGCCAACGGCCCUCUGUUAACCACUCGCAACAGGGACAACCCCAAGUCCAAGAUGAACCUGCACAACAAUAUUGCAGGCUUAAAGUUGGUAGAAUCGACUGUGAAGAAGAGAUGCAAGUGUCACGGCGUGUCAGGCUCAUGUAACCUCAAAACCUGCUGGCAAGCCCUACCCAACAUUUCAGUAAUAGGUAUGGCCCUGAAGCGGAAGUACUCCGGGGCCACCGAGGUGUCCUUCCGGAGGACCGUGGUGAGACGUGAACUCGUGCCAAAGGAUCCACGGCUCAAGGAUUACACGCAGUACGACCUGAUCUACCUGACUCCUUCGCCUGAUUAUUGCAGGCAGAAUUUCAGGGCAGGGUCCUACGGGACGCGCGGAAGGACAUGUAACAGGACCUCGCCUCGCCCCGAAGGCUGCGACUUGAUGUGCUGCGGACGAGGCUUCAAAACCUUCGUGUCAGAGGUCACGGAGCAGUGCCGGUGCAAGUACAACUGGUGCUGUUACGUCACGUGUGACGAGUGCCGCCAUAUUGUGGAGAAGGACGUUUGUUUGUAGUUGGACCCCCUGGUUCCUAAAAUAUAGAAAUUCUUCGAGAAUUUCUUUCAAAUCUGAGAUUUUGCAGUUUGUUUACACGUUUCCAUAAUAAACGACUUCCCAAAUCGUUAAGGAACUUUAAGCAAAGUAUUAUGGAAAGUAACAUGGACAGUGGCGCACGGUGGGCUCGGUGGGCUUGAGCUCCCCCCCCCCC